AAAAAGUAAAAUAAAAAAAUAAAAUAAAAAAAAUGAGAACGAUGAUCGCAUAGUGGUCCUCUCUCUUCUUCCUCCUUUCUUCGUACCGAUAAUCUCGGCCCUUUACUUUCUCUCUCUAAACUCUCUCUCUCUCUCUUACUCACUCAUUUCACUACCAUAUAUCCUUCUGAUUCCUCUCAAUCUGAGAUUUUGAUUCUAAGUAAGAGUAAACGUGCCUUCAGUUCUCGUGGUACAAAAUGGCUCCUUGAUGUCUUCGCUGAUAAAAUGAGAUUCUUGGCUGACAAAACUUCUAAUACUUAGUAGUUGGUGACAUAGUGAAUACAACACACGGGGUUUAGAUCUUUAUAAAAUGGAUAGUUGCUGGUUUCCUAAGUUCAAGUCAAAGGACAAAAUGCAGUCUUCUAAAAAGAAGGAAACUGCAGGCACUGCAAAAGAAGCGUCAAAACCACCAACAAAUGAAGAAGCUCCUUCAAAUGUGACCAAACAGAAGGUCGAAGCUGCGAAGCAGUACAUAGAAAACCAUUAUAAGAAGCAGAUGAAAGACCUGCAGGAGAGAAAAGAACGACGUAAUAUGAUAGAAAAAAAGUUGGCUGAUGCUGAAGUCUCUGAGGAAGAGCAGAACAACUUGCUUAAGUAUUUUGAGAAAAAGGAGAGAGAAUACAUGCGACUUCAGAGGCAUAAGAUGGGGGCUGAUGAUUUUGAGCUCCUGACAAUGAUAGGGAAGGGUGCAUUUGGAGAGGUCAGAAUCUGCCGAGAGAAGGCAACUGGUCAUGUAUAUGCUAUGAAGAAGCUUAAGAAAUCAGAGAUGCUUCGCCGGGGCCAGGUUGAACAUGUAAAAGCUGAGAGGAACCUACUUGCAGAAGUUGACAGCAUUUACAUUGUAAAGCUCUAUUGUUCCUUUCAAGACGAAGGUUAUUUAUAUCUUAUAAUGGAGUAUCUUCCUGGCGGCGAUAUGAUGACAUUGCUCAUGCGGAAGGAUAUCCUGACAGAAUAUGAGGCCAGGUUCUAUGUUGGGGAGACCAUCCUAGCUAUAGAAUCAAUUCAUAAAUAUAAUUAUAUUCACAGAGAUAUCAAGCCUGAUAACUUGCUGCUAGAUAGAAAUGGUCACAUGAAAUUAUCAGACUUUGGAUUAUGUAAACCACUAGACUGCAGUAAUCUUCAGGAAAAGGACUUCUCUACCGGAAACAACAGAAGUGGAGCCCUUCAGAGCAAUGGACAUCCUGUGGCUCCUAAAAGGACUCAGCAGGAGCAAUUGCAGCAUUGGCAAAAAAAUAGGCGAAUGCUUGCCUAUUCUACAGUAGGAACACCUGAUUAUAUUGCCCCUGAAGUUCUACUGAAGAAAGGAUAUGGCAUGGAAUGUGAUUGGUGGUCUUUGGGAGCUAUAAUGUAUGAAAUGCUAGUGGGGUAUCCACCCUUUUAUUCAGAUGAACCAAUGUUGACUUGUAGAAAGAUAGUAAAUUGGAGAGCUUAUUUGAAAUUUCCAGAAGAAGCUAAACUAUCACCAGAAGCAAAGGAUCUUAUUAGUAGACUCUUAUGUAAUGUGGAACAGAGGCUUGGAACCAAAGGAGCUGAUGAAAUAAAGGCUCACCCAUGGUUCAAAGGGGUUGAAUGGGAUAAAUUGUACCAAAUGAAAGCUGCUUUUAUUCCUGAGGUCAAUGAUGAAUUAGAUACUCAAAAUUUUGAGAAAUUUGAUGAGGUGGACGACCAAUCCCAACCUUCCUCAAAAUCAGGGCCAUGGAGGAAGAUGCUGUCUAAGGAUGUUAACUUUGUUGGAUACACAUAUAAGAACUAUGAAAUCGUGAAUGAUGAUCAUCUACCUGGAAUUGCUGAAUUGAAGAAGAAGAGCACAAAACCUAAACGGCCUUCCAUUAAAACCUUAUUUGACGAUGAAUCGUCUACGGCUUCCAAUCAACCUGUUGAAGGGAGCUUCUCAAAACUCUUACCUACUCAUCAGGAAGUUCCUAAGAAGAGCGAAUAAUUGCAGCGAUAGAAACCAAUAACUUUUUACAGGUUUUUUAGAUGGAGGAGGAAAUGCAAAGUUGAAUACUGAUUGUUUUACUCUGUUACAUUCUUUUGUUAGUUAUGGGAGGGGAAGCCUCUAAAACUGUGGUUUUGGAUUGAGUGGGGUAUUUAUCUUUGUAGAAAAAUCUCUAGGUAUAUAUUUGUUUACAUUUUUGGUGGGUGGUGUAUUAUUUUGUUUACCAAUUUUUUAAGCUGCAAUCUGAUAUAAGUGUCCAAGUUUAAGUUAUAUGUUGUAAUUAAGUCACUGCUAAGAAUGUGCUAUCCUCACAUUCUUUUAUACAUUACUUAAUUUGUAAGGUUGCCUUUUUUAUUUCUUUCUA